AUGCUACAGUAUGCUCAGAAGAGAGUUAAUGGGAUUCAAGAUUUAGAGAAAAAAUUAAAUGAGUUUGGAUAUCGUGUUGGUAUUCGUGUUCUUGAACUACUUGCUUGGAGAGAAAAGGUAGCAAAAAGAGAAAUUAAGGUGAUCAAUGUACUUUAUUUUAUUCAUACCACAGUUUGGAAAGCAUUAUUUGGAAAACAAGCUGAUUCACUUGAAAGAAGUACAGAGAAUGAAGAUGAAUAUAUGAUUUCAGAUAAUGAACCUAUUCUUACAAAAUAUAUAUCUGUUCCAAAAGAACUCUCACAGCUUAAUUGUAAUGCAUUUGUAGCUGGUAUUGUUGAAGCUGUACUGGAUGGUUGUCAAUUUCCUGCACGAGUAACAGCACAUACAGUACCUGCAAAUGGAUUCCCUCAAAGAACAACAAUUUUAAUUAAAUUAGAUAAAGAAGUUUUACAAAGAGAAGAAUUUUUAAAAUAG